UUCAUAAGCACAUAUUAGAUGGGAAGAAAUUCUGACCCAAGAGAAAAUUAUGAUUUUUGGAUAAAAGAAAGGGAGACCAAUAAGACUUCAAACACCAAGUCUCCAAAUUUCUGAAAGGAGAAGGAAAUGGGAAAUGAGUAUUCUUCUUCUGGUUUCAGUGUUGUUCAAUAUAUCAGCACAAGCACCCCAUCUGUGCUUUGAGGUGAAUAAUUGCUGCUUCCUGGAAGUAUAAUUUCAUAUUCAUUCAAGACUGACAGCCAAAUGACAGGUUACUUCUGAAGACACACUGAGUAAAAUGGAUGAAGGCAAUCACACUGUGGUGUCAGAAUUUAUACUCUGGGGACUUUCCAGCUCACAGAGGAUUGAAGUCUUACUCUUCAUGGUGUUUUCAAUGCUUUAUCUUCUCAUUGUUUCUGGAAAUAUUGUCAUUCUGGUUUUAAUCACCACUGACCCCCAUCUGCAUUCUCCCAUGUACUUCUUGUUGGCCAACCUGUCCUUUAUUGAUAUGUGGCUUUCCUCAGUCACUACUCCUAAGAUGAUCACAGACUUUCUCAGAGAAAACAAGACCAUUUCCUUUGCAGGAUGCAUGUCCCAGGUCUUCUUUGCCCAUUUGGCUGUAACUUGCUUUAUUCUGUUGCUUAUUUCCUACACAUAUAUUCUUAUCACUGUAUGUCAGAGCUCUAAAGCUGGUGCAUCUAAGGCAAUGAANACAUGCACUGCCCACAUUACAGUGGUGCUGAUCUUUUUUGUGCCCUGCAUCUUCAUCUAUGUGUGGCCUCUCAAUAUCACUUGGUUGGAUAAAUUUCUUGCUGUAUUUUACUCUGUUUUUACACCUCUCCUAAAUCCAGCCAUUUAUACUCUGAGAAAUAAAGAGAUGAAAAAUGCCAUGAAAAGAUUUGUAAGUAACUACCUUAGUCACAAAGGAAAUUUAUAA